AUACUACCCACUGGAUAAAUGGCUAUCCAUCGAAUAGCCUAGUUCGUUUUACCAACACUUAUCCACUGGACAGUGAUUUCUCCGCUCGAUUGUGUUAUCCAGUCUUUGAACAACUGGCUUGAGGAUGUUUGGUUUGAAGAAUAGAACACCUUGUUACCUUUAACUUUAUGAUAAGUGUAGCAGUCAAAUUUUGCAGUUUGGUAUUUUUGUAUAUAGGUAGGAAUAAAUCCAGGAUUGAUGGCAGCUUAUAAGGGACAUCACUAUGCUGGAGCAAAUAAUCAUUUCUGUGGGGCGCUGCCUUUAUGAAUCAGGCUUAGUGCCAGAGAAACUGACCCAUCUAGACGAUGUUAGAUGUCCAUCUUAUGGAAUAGGGUUAACAAACAUGGUUGAACGGACAACAAGAGGAAGUGCAGACCUUUCCAGACAGGAAAUGAGAGAUGGCAAGGACGAACUUAUACGAAAAGUGGAGCAGUACAAGCCAUUGAUAGUUUGUUUCAAUGGAAAAGUAAUCUACGAGUUGUUCUCUGGAUCCAAGUGUACAGUUGGUCGUCAAAAAGAUCCUAUACCUGGAACUAACACGGUUGUUUAUGUGAUGCCUUCCACAUCCGGCAGAACACAAACAUAUCCUCGCGCGACUGACAAGAUUCCUUUCUUCGUGGAGUUAAAAACUCUUCGAGAAGAAGUAAAGAGAAAGAAUGCGGAUACGUGUAUUGGCAAACAAUGAAAAAUCGGAACCAAAAAAAUACAAUUACAGUUGGACCCCGCUAAUUCGAACUCAAACCCUUUUCCCAUGGAUUGGUCCCCUGGUUUUGUUAUUUUAUUUUAAUUUUUGGUCGUUUAGUAUCGGCUAUUUUAGAACCCACGCUGUUUGGAUCUUUUUUUUCUAUUUACCCUCAGAAUUUAAAAUAGCGGGGAUCAACUGUAUCAAGUUCAAGUCAGAUAAACGAAGCGGCUAGUCCACGUUUAUUUAAUAAAAUUUAAUAUUAUUUCAAUGAUGAAAGAGUCAUGGCUAAAAAAUAUGAAAUAAUGUUUUUAUUGUUACGAAGUACUCAACUAGAUAUCUGUAGGCGCAGUAGAUAUAAAUUCAUGAUGUGAGGUUUACCAGUACAGCUCAACCGGUACUUGCCUUGUAUACUCCUGUCUACCUUGCGUAUUCGUAUUUAUUUUAGACCACCAUAUCAUUUAUGAAGCAGAAUCGUCUGAUAUACAUAGCUUGACCCGUAUUUUAUGUACUAUUUGUAUAAUAUAUUUAUUUUGACCAACGUAUGAUAUAUAACUUUGCCAGCCCAUGGCAUGUAUGAUGUUAGCGGAUAGGAAAGGGGAAAAACAGCGAUAAUUGAUGUAGAAUCAGAAUCCAUUGUUAUUACGUACUAUGUGUUGUCCUCUCUGAGGAAGCUUAAUAAAAACAGUGAUGACGUGACGGCUA